AUGUCAAGGCUGUGCACCUACUUCACGAUCCAGCGAUGUGUUGAACUGUUUAGUCUUGCUCAACCGCCGCCACUUGCUGAGAAAAUUAUGGAAAAUUUACCGAAGAAAGCCAAAUCAUUGCAGGGUCACCGACCUUCAGGGGUGCCUUCUCUCGAGCCUCUGUCGGACGAUAUCAGGGGAAGCGCCAAGGGAGGCAAAAGUUUAUCAUGCCUGUCUUUGGUAAAGAAAAUUAUGGGGAAAUUCUCCAAGGAUGCCAAAACAUUGGAAAGUUGCCAAGCUUCGGGGGUGCCUUCUUUCGCGCCGUCGGACGACACCAGCGCAGGCUCCAAGGGAGACAAUAAGGGUGGAAACUUACCCGGCAUGUCUUUGGCUAAGGGGAUCAAGGGGAUGUUCUCAAAGAGACCCAAAUCGUGGAAAGAUCAUCAAGCUUCGAGGGCGCCUUCCGCUUCACGCUUGCCGUCUCCUGCAGUCAACACCAGGGGAGAUGCCAAGGGAGGCAUCGGGGGUGGCACAGGUGCCGGAUCCAUCCGGAAAGGUGUUCUGAGCGUGCUUCAUGUCGUGCAUGCGAGCCUAGAUGGUGUCCCUGUUCCUGGCCUCAAAAGUGUGAUUGGUGGUUUGCUUGAAGUUGUUAGCCAAUUAGAGAGAGUCGGAGCAAACGCCGAGGCGAUUCAUCAGCUCCAGAACAGCAUCAAAUUCUUUGUUCACUCAAUAUUGGAGCCUCUCAAACAAUAUGGUGCCAAAAAUCCUGUUCCUCACGGGAUUUCUAGAGCCAUCGAGGCUGUAUCAACGUAUGUUUACUGUCAUAUCCGUGCAUACCCGACCCCGACCCGACUUCCGGACCUCCACCCUCUUCACCUCCGGAGUCAUAACCUACCGCUGCCUUUCCGAUACUCACCUUCGGUCUCGGCAACACACCCCUCCUCUUACCUCUCCGACCCCUUCUCCGUCCGUUCCGAUACUCAUCUCGGACCGAACAUCUCCCUACUCGCCACCCUUCCUACAACUCCGCUCCCCCCUCACCACACCUCCACCCUCCCGUCAUCCCCUACGCUAUCUCCGUCCGUUCCGAUAUCCACCUUCGGACCUGACUACUCUUCCUUACCUUCCCCUCUCUCAUUCCUCCACCACCCUUCCGCCAAGUUACGACCAUCCACCGCUGUUCCGUACUUCACACCCGGACACCGUUCGUACCUUACUCCGAGCCUCCGUCAUAGUCCAUACCUCGGACUUUGA